GCCCGCAGAAGGGCCUCGCCAAGUAACUGACUUGCCCACGCUACCACGUCGGCACACGCUUCAACGACUCCGUCCAUCGCGCCUCUCUGUUCUUAUCCGAGCAUUCUUCCUACAAAAAAGGAAGCGUGACACGACUCCUUCAUUUUCCGACCUCUCUCUCUCUCUCUCUCUCUCUCUCUCUCUUUGGAUUGGUCGGACAUUCGGUCGAUCGAUCAGCGGUAGGAAGGAUGGAGAAGGCGGCGAACAGACAGAAAGUUCUGCUGGGCCAUCUCAGCCCGAUCUCAUUACGCAGCUCCGACGAUCAUACUCUACGAGCUUCGGUUUGUUCUGCUGGGGAUAGUGCACCAUAUCACCGAAAUGCUGCUUCUGGGGAUGAUGUUGUAAUUGUAGCUUCUGUCCGAAGUGCAAUUUGCAAGGCCAAGCGUGGGGGCUUCAAGGACACAUUGGCUGAUGACUUACUUGCACCUCUCCUUAAGGCAGUGCUUGACAAGACCGGUCUAAACCCAGGUGAAGUUGGGGACAUUGUUGUCGGUACUGUCUUGGCACCAGGAUCUCAGAGAGCAAGUGAAUGUAGGAUGGCAGCAUUUUAUGCUGGGUUUCCUGAAACUGUACCUGUUAGAACUGUCAAUAGACAGUGUUCUUCUGGAUUGCAGGCUGUUGCUGAUGUUGCUGCUGCAAUAAAGGCUGGGUUCUAUGACAUUGGUAUUGGUUGUGGGAUAGAGACUAUGUCGAAAAACCCUAUGGCUUGGGAUGGCACCAUAAACCCUAGAGUGAAUGAACACAUACAAGCCCAGAAUUGCCUUCUUCCAAUGGGCAUUACAUCUGAAAAUGUUGCUCACCGCUAUGCCGUGACACGUCAGGAGCAGGAUCGGGCUUCUGUUGAAUCUCAUAGGCGAGCUGCAGCAGCAACUGCCUCUGGUAAAUUCAAAGAUGAAAUUGUUCCUGUGCAAACAAAGGUCAUAGAUCCGAAAACAGGGAAAGAGGAGAGUGUUACGAUUGUGGUAGAUGAUGGAAUUCGGGCAAAUGCAUCAAUCUCAGAUCUAGCAAAGCUGAAACCAGUUUUUAAGAAGGAUGGGACCACAACUGCUGGUAAUUCAAGCCAAGUGAGUGAUGGUGCUGGAGCAGUCUUGCUUAUGAGGAGAUCUGUAGCAGUGGAGAAGGGACUUCCCAUACUCGGUGUAUUCAGGAGUUUUGUAGCUGUUGGUGUUGACCCUGCAGUCAUGGGCAUUGGCCCUGCAUUUGCAAUUCCUGCAGCAGUCAAAGCCGCUGGUCUUGAAAUUAGUGAUAUUGAUCUUUUUGAGAUAAAUGAGGCAUUCGCAUCUCAAUAUGUGUAUUGCUGCAAGAAGCUGGACCUAGAUCCAGAGAAAGUGAAUGUUAAUGGAGGUGCUAUUGCUCUUGGGCAUCCUCUAGGUGCUACAGGUGCACGUUGUGUGGCAACUCUGUUGCAUGAGAUGAAACGUCGAGGAAAAGACUGCAGAUUUGGAGUCGUCUCCAUGUGCAUAGGCACAGGGAUGGGGGCUGCUGCUGUUUUCGAGAGGGGAGACUCGGUUGAUCAGCUCCACAAUGUGAAGAAAGUUCAAGCCCAUAAUCUACUGUCUCGAGAUGCUCUGUGAUCCAUAGAUGCAGAGAAGGGAAAAAAAAGGAUCUAUUUAUGUUCCACUAGUCUUAGGAGGAUAAGGGGGAAUAAAGAACGAACCAUUAAGUGGAAUGCAGAAUUCGGUACGGGACCUCUGCUGUUACGAUCAAUGAUUAUAAUAAAUGCCAUCGAAGCUCACUAUUC